UAUCAAUUCACCUAUAUAAAGACAGUGUAAUUCCAAUCAGCUUCAUAGAGACGCAUAUAUUCACCUCACCUCACUGCCUAAGUCCUUAUCAUUGCUGAAAAACUAUCAAAAGCAAAUGACAACUAAAAGUAUUAUUAUAUUUUUAGUUUUCACUUUUUUUGCAUUCAAUCCUUCAAAUGCAAAACAAACACGACCCUUUUCAUCUAUGUUCAAUAUUGACCAUGUUAUACACAAAAAAUUUCAGUUGAAAAAUGUAACAGAAGAAUUCCAAGAAUCACAAUUGUAUAUUUCACUACAUUUGGUGGUAGCUGGAUUCCUCUGCUUCAUAGCUUCAUCUAUAUCAAGUGCUGGUGGAAUAGGUGGUGGUGGAAUUUUCAUACCAAUACUAACUAUUGUAGCUGGUUUAGACUUGAAAAUAGCUUCAAGUUUAUCAGCUUUUAUGGUCACAGGAGGAUCAGUUGCAAAUGUUAUAUGCUAUAUGUUUACAACAAGUCCUAAAUUUGGUGGCAAGUCAUUGAUUGAUUAUGACAUAGCACUUUCAUCUGAACCAUGUAUGUUGUUAGGAGUGAGUAUUGGAGUUAUUUGUAACCUUGUUUUUCCAGAAUGGUUGAUAACUUUAAUGUUUGCUAUAUUUCUUGCUUGGUCUACCUCAAAAACUUGCAAAAGUGGAGUAAUGUUUUGGAAUAUUGAAUCAGAAGAGAUGAGGCAAAAUGGACUUGAAAAAGGGCUGCUAGAAAAUGGAACUAGUGAAGAGGAAAGUAAAGGGUUGGUGAGAAUGCUUAAGGAAAAUGAUGGACCAAAAAUCAUUGUUAUGGUCCCUAAAGAGAAUAGCAAAUUGAUGAGUAUUCCGUGGUUGAAGUUAUUGGCCUUACUUUUAGUGUGGUUCUCUUUCUUUUCCAUUUAUCUUCUUCGUGGCAAUGGAUAUGGACAGAGAAUCAUUCCUAUUGAACCAUGUGGUGUUGGAUAUUGGAUUAUCUCAUCAGUUCAAGUACCUCUAGCUGUGGUUUUCACUGCCUGGAUGGUAUUUAGGAAAGAAAGUCUUCAAGACCCAACUCUUAUACCAGAAGUACAGUGUCAGAACAGAAAUAGUCCAUCAAAAAAGCUUGUUUUUCCAUUGAUGGCACUACUAGCAGGAAUAUUGGGUGGUGUUUUUGGAAUUGGAGGUGGAAUGUUGAUAAGUCCACUUCUUCUUCAGGUUGGAAUAGCCCCUGAGGUAACAGCAGCAACAUGUUCUUUCAUGGUUUUCUUCUCUGCUACCAUGUCAGCCUUGCAAUAUCUGUUGUUGGGAAUGGAACAUGUACAGAUUGCACUCAUCUUGGCCAUAAUGUGUUUUGUUGCAUCACUUCUUGGGUUAUUAGUAGUGCAAAAAGCAAUUCAGAAGUAUGGAAGACCCUCUUUAAUUGUCUUCUCAGUUAGCAUAGUGAUGUCUUUAAGUGUUGUUCUAAUGACUAGCUUUGGGGCCAUAAAGAUUUGGGGAGACUACAAAUCAGGGAAAUACAUGGGGUUCAAACCACCCUGUUAAAACAGUUUUUGUUAGAUAAAUUUUUGGUUGUAUUUUCAUCUCAUUGGAAUCUUGUCAUCAAUAUCAUAUAUAGUUUAUGUUCAAGUUAAACCUUGGAACUUCUGUUGUUCUACAAUGUUACAUGUUACAUGGAUCAAAUUUCAAUAUGAACAAAUUUUGCAAAGAA